AUGAAUAAUGAAUCAUCACCGGAACCUCGUCAUUUCCUGAUAAGAAUGCUCAGUCUAUCGAAAAAACGAAUCCAGGAAUCAAAAUACACCAGAGUUUUUACAAUCCUAAUUGUCCUGACGACUUUUAUUUGCAUUGUUCUAGAGAGUGUAAUUGUGAACUCUCAUGUUAAAGUAUACCAAGAUUUGAUCAAUAACCAGUCGAUACAAGAUGUGCCAAGCACUUCCGUUGAUCCUGACAAAAAGCUAGUGGAAAACGAUGCAGACGCAAAGAUCAUGCUCAUCGCACUCGGCCUACGACGACUCAAGAACGAAAACGUAUUCUUCAUUCUCUUCUCAUUGUUUCAAUUUGUCUUGGGAAUGGAUGCCAUUGUUCGACAAAGUGUGAUCCAGCUUGUGGCUCAUACCGUAAAUCAAGUCUUGUUGGUCGUUUUUGCAGCCAUUCAAGUAGGAGGCACCAUCUACAAACAUUUAGAUGUGAAAAACGACAUUCCGCCACCAGAGGACACUGAUGUCUCCUGGAACUUUAAUUUCGCACUUCGUAAUGAAGUGGGGCUUGUUUCAGUCAUGUUCCUUCUAUCGAUGUUAUUCAUGUAUCUCUGCUGGAAGCUAUACAAGCAAUUUGGAUGGAAUAUCUACAAACGAAUUGGGGCAGACAUUGAGCAGCAAGCCCGAUUCAAGUUGACACAAAUUUUCUUCUUGAUCCUUAAAUUAGACGCAUUCUUUCAUUUCGUUCUGUGUGUAUUCUAUGCUGUCGUCAUGUCACAGGAAAGAUACUAUUCUCUUUGGGGCGUUAUAAAUCGAAAGUUCAUAGGCUACAUUAUUCAUAUUAUAUUAACUGUUCUAUUGAUUCCCGGCUUACUAUUUGCACGACGCGGAGUGAUUACGGAAAGCAAGACAAUUAUGAUGGUCUUUCUAGUAACACAGAUCAUUAUGGGCCUGGAUUUCAUUUUGAUCUUGGUGGAUAGUGCAGGAUCUUGGGUUUUCUGGAUUUUGGCAGUAUGCUUGGCUAUUAUCUUGUGUAUUUCUACCAUUGUAUUGGAUAUACUGGUAUGUCGCAACUUUGGCAAGGGAUUGAAACCAUACUUGAAACGACUAUUCAUUGAAGAAAACGACAAACCACAAUAUCAACCCAGUGGCAACAAUGCAGCAUUACUAAAGACCAAUGAAUGGAUGAUUGAUGAUGAGGACGAUUAUCCAAUGGCACAGACCAACAAACCUUCAUCAGCCUAUAUUAGCCACAACAACAAUAACAGCUCUGGCUAUAUCGCCUAA